AGCUAGCUCUGUCAGGAAGAGGGCAAGUGCUCCAGAUCACCAAGACAGGCAUGUGCCUAAGCUGAAGAAAUCGGACUCAUUUCCGCAGAUGUGUCAAAAUGCUAACCAGUGAAAGAGCCUAUUGUUGGCCAAGAGUAAGUGCUCGAAGUAGAUCUGAAGGAAAUUUGAUAGAUAUGGAAGCCUUAAAACUCUCAAAAAGUCACAAUAUGACAGCAUGCCAAGGACUAGGCUUGCCUCACAACUGGCCAGAUGUUUCUACUGUCCAUGGUAAUAGUGAUGCCAAAGCUACAUGUCUGUCCUGGAGUAAGCUGUCUGCCUCGAACCCGUUUCUGGAUGACAUCACACAGCUAAGAAAUAACCAAAAGAGGGAUAAUAUGUCUAUCUUGAAGGAAGAUCCUUUUCUUUUUUUAAGACAAAUAGAAACAAGAAAUUCCUUUGAUUCCUCUGGUGAUGAACUUGAAAUGGAUCAGGUGCUGAGGCCAUCUUCCUCAAGGAAGUCAGGAAGGUCUAAGAGUGUUUCAGAACUCCUGGAUACCUUAGAUUAUAUGUCAUACACUCAUCAAAGUAUGAAUAGCUCUGACCAGAUCCUAAUGCAAGACUUAGAAUGGCUUCAAAGUGACCGAGAAGCUUAUAAAAUGGCUUGGCUAAGUCAACGUCAGCUGGCCCGCUCUUGCCUGGAACUGAAUACAAUUAAUCAGAGUCCUGGGUGGGCUCAAACACAAAUUGCAGAAAACUUUGCAGUUUAUAAAUUAAAUCAUCAAGGAGGGUCAGUCCAGUUUCCUGACUCAGAUAUCACUAUUCAUGUACCCCAAGGACACGUAGCUGUAGGAGAAUUCCAGGAGAUAUCUCUGAGAGUGUUUAUGGAUCCUCCACCAAAGCUGAACCAUGAUCUCUCCUGUACUGUAAGCCCCUUGUUGGAAAUCAGGUUAAACAACCUGAAUACCAUGGAAGCUAUUUUAUUGGAGAUGAAAAUUGGGGCAGAAGUCAAAACAGAUCCCCUGAGCCAAGUCAUGACAGAAAUGGUAUGUUUAUACAGCCUGGACAGAGAAGGCCCUUUCCGAGCAGUAAAUAACUGCUAUUUCUACAAAGACACUAUCCAAGCAAAGCUUCUUGACCUGAGCCGGAUAAUGUACAUAGUCAUAGCUGCACAAGCUAAGACCAUUCAGCCACCAGCUGCUACUAUUUGGGAUUAUAUUCACAAAACCACCUCCAUUGGAAUUUAUGGACCCAAAUAUAUCCAUCCAAGUUUUACUGCUGUUUUCACAGUUUGUGGACACAACUAUGUGCCAGGAAAGUUUACAGUCUCUGACAUUAAGAAGGAUGGAAAAAGUACAUCUCCAGUCGUAUUUCACCUCUGGGGGAAGCAUUCAUUUUUACUUGACAAGCCACAAGAUUUAAUUAUUUCAACUUUUUCCUGUGAUCCUGAUUUUGAAGUAAAGGUAGAGGGAGAAAAGAAAGUAAUUUCACAAAGGCAAUUGGAAACAGGUGUGGUAGUUCAUCAACACGUUUUCUUUUCUUCAGUUGAACGCAGAAAGAUGGACUUGUUUGUUUUCCGGGUUCAAGUGGAGCACACCAGUGGAAAACCAGUCACACAGUUCUUUGUCACUUCACCUGAUCCAGCCCCAAAUUUAAAAAGGUUUUCACAUCUGCCAGGCUAUUUCCAGAAGGAGAGAAAAGGACAGAGAAUAUCUUUAUUAUCGACAGUGCUUGUUCAGUACCCCACUUUCCAUGAUAAAAAAUUGGACUUUACCAAUUAUGGGGUCACACUGAAGACAGUACUGAGGCAAAGUAAGAUUGACUAUUUACUUGACUAUUUGAAAGGGGACACAAUUGCCCUUCUUGGAGAAAGUACAGUAAGAGCUAUUGGACAGUCCAAAGUGAAAGAAUGGUAUGUAGGAGUUCUCCGAGGUAAAAUCGGACUUGUGCAUUGCAAAAAUGUCAAGGUGAUUUCCAAAGAACAAGUGAUGUCUAUGUCUGAUGGCAUUUUUACAACUAAGAAUCUUCUGGAACAAAUUGCUUUGCCAUUUAAAAAUCUGACUUAUAUAUACUCUGUUGUAUUGACCCUGGUGUCAGAAAAAGUUCAUGACUGGAAAGUUUUAGCUAAUGUCCUGGGCUACUCACAUCUGGUACAGGAAAAUUUUGAUAGAAUUCAAGCAGACAAGGAAGCAGAAAGGGUUUCUUACAUUGUUAAGAAGUUAAAAGAAGAUUGCCAUGAAGACAGAAAUACAAGGAAAUUUCUUUAUGAACUGAUUGUGGCUCUGCUAAAGAUGGAUUGCCAAGGGCUAGUGGCAAGUCUUAUCCAAGAGGCUGUUAUUUUGACUUCAGCGGUCAAGCUUGGAAGAAGCUGGAGGGAACUUGCUGAGAAGUCUGCAGGACUCACUAAGCAUCAGAUACAGGCAUAUGAGAUCCCUCACCGGGGAAAAUCUGGAGCUGUGUCAGCCGAGGCAAUGUGGAAACCUGCCUAUGAUUUCCUCUAUGCAUGGAGUGCUCACUAUGGAAAUAGCUGCAGAGAUGUGUUACAAGACCUUCAAUCAGCUUUGGACAGAAUGAAAAACCCUGUCACCAAACGGUGGAGAGAUUUAACUGGAACUUUAAUACUAGUAAAUUCUUUAGAGGUUUUGAGAGUAACUGCUUUCACUAGUUCUCAGGAAAUAUAGAAUGAAGCAAGUUUUGGGAGCAAGGAGAAUGGUAGGGGGAAAGGUGUGUGUGACAAAGGGGUUGGGGGAUGAGCUCACAAAGAUGUUUUAGAUUUGGAAAUCUGUUUUCCCUUCUGAAACAAAGCCUGCAACUAUUAAUAGAACUGGGCUUUGGAAUCAAAGCUCUUUUUGUGUAUGUUGCAAAGAAAAAUCAUAAAAUGCUCUGUUAUUGAGAAAGAAAGAAAAGCCCUUCUCUCUCCUUCAAAGUUCCUUCAGUUUUCUUAAGUUAAAACACAUGAGUGUUUAAUAACAUCAAACAGAUACCUCAAUAAACUGAAGGCUUUAUCAUAGGCAGCUGAGGUUUACCAUGAGGCAGAAAAAUAGGAGUGAAGACACUUACCUUCAAAGGCUGCAUCUUUUCUCUACAGAUCUCCUCCUAUAUUCUUCAGAGUUCUAUGUGCAAAAAUCAAGGGUGGAAGAGUGUUAGUCUUCCUCCCAAGAGACCAGCCCAUUGGUGACACCAGGAGUUAGGUCAAUGCAAUCUUAGGCCAAGAGGAUGCAGAAUAGUUUAUUCCUGGAAGAGUGAGCAAGUUGUGAGCACCUCUGCCUAAAUAGUUUUGCAGAAGAAGUGGCCCCAGGUUAGCCCCAAUGGUCACUUGCCAGGAAUGCCCACAGAAGAGAACCCACAAAUACUGUUUCUGGCUAUUGAAAAAUCAUAUCACAUAGCAGAAUAGUGAAAAAAUAAUAAUAAUAAAAAUGAAAAUAAAAUGCAUACUGAGAAGCAAAGCUUAUUCCUCUUUUUAAACAGCUCUUGAAUAAUUACCAGCAGGAAAAUAUGUCACUGUCAGAAAAACUGUCUUCAAACAUGGACUAGAAAUUUUUAUUAUUUUCCUUUAGUGUCUUGGGACUAUAUGUGAUCCACCUAAUUUGAAGUAUUCUCCCAUGACCAGAAUGCAAAAUAUUUUUUUCUACCAAUCAGGAUAUAUAACACUGAGUUACUACAAACAAUUGCUAUCAUUAAAACACUUUCAGUCCUAAAAACUGACAUUGUUGUGUGUGUGCUCACAUGAAGACAUGCAAUGUGUGUGUAAACAUCUCAGAGUGCAACACAAAACUUGUGGAAAAUAAGGCUAAUGUGAGAUCUUGAGUCAAUUAAGACAUUAAUGAUUGGCCUAGGUGACAAAAUAUGGUCUCUGUCUAAUCACCCAAUGGCUGCCAAUAUUUUUUUUUAUUUUGACCUUUCUUUACUUAUUGUACUUCUCUUAAAGGAGAAUGAAUCCAAUGAUAGGCAUACAGGUGUUUGAGAUGUAAAAUAAUAAUGAGGAAGAAUGCAUGGUUUCUGGCUUCAGUGUUAUUAAUGCUAGGGAUGCAUAAUAAAAAUGACACCAUUAAAUGUAAAAUUACAUCUACAAUGGCAGGCGCAAUGGAGAAACUGUGAUGCUGAAGUAGAGGCUUCAUAUGAAUGGGGGAAAGUAGAUUCAACAAGAUCUGAGAAUCAAAUGAUAACCCAGAAGAGAAUUAAGCAUUAUACCUGAUGUUGGGGUGGGGGACCUAAAAAUCAAUGGUUCUUUCAGAUAGUGUACAGAUAGCUCAGGGUUGAAGGCAAUAAAGGAACAGAGUGAUGAGUAAAAAGAGAGGAUAAAGAUGUAAAGGUGAAAGGACAUCAGUGAAGGUAGAGGGUGGGAGACUACAUUCAUGUCACUAAAGCCUGUAGGACUUAGGAAGGAAUGAUACAACUCAAAGAUAACUUGGAUAAGCUAAAUAGGUUUUGUUUGUGGAUUUCUGAAUAAAACAUGUCCAUUUGGGUAAAAACUAAAAGGAUAAUCAGUUUAGAGCUUUUAAUAUUCCCACCCUAAUGUAUUUGAUAUUUUGGCAAAGGUAAUUUGUUUUUUUUUUUGUUUUGUUUUUAAUUUUUGUUUUUUUUUUUAUCAGUUACAUUUUAUUAACUCUGUAUCCCAGCCAUGUCCCGAUCCCUCAUUCCCUCCCAGUCCCUCCCUCCCUCCCUCAUCUCCACCCUGCCCCUUUCCAAGUCCACUGAUAGGUGGGACCUCCUCCCCAUUCAUCUGAUCCUGUUUUAUCAGGUAUCUUCAGGACUGGCUGCAAAGCCCUCCUCUGUGGCCUAACAGGACUGCUCCUCCCUUCGGGGGUGGGGAGACCAAAGAGCCAGCCAUUGAGUUCCUGUUAGAAAUAGUCCUUGUUCCCCUUACUAUGGGAAACCAAUUGAUUACUGAGCUACCAUGGGCUACAUCCGAGAGAGGUUCUAGGUUAUAGCCAUACAUGGUCCUUGGUUGAAUGUCAGUCUCAGAAAAGACCCUGUGCCCAAAUAUAUUUGGUCCUUGUGGAGUUCCUAUCCUUUCCCCAUCAGACUAA